ACCAUCGAGUUGCUCAAGGAGCGUCGCGACAUGACGGUGCAGGAGAUCCGGCUGGUGCUGAUGAUCGAGGACCCGCGCGAGGCGGAGCAGCGGCGGCAGAUGGGCAUCGAGAACGAGAGCGGGUGCUCGCGCGACGAGAUUGCUGAUGCCUUCCGCGAGGUGUGUGAGGACCGCGUACCCGCAGACCGCAUGGUGCUGCGCAAGCUGGCGCAGGACAUGCGCGACUGGCCGCGCCUACGGGUGAGUGGGGUUCCCUCCCACCUGUCUCCCCCACGCUUCUCCCCUAACCCUCUCUCCCACCCCUCCCCCACAACCUUCUCCCUUGCGCCUCUCACUAUCCCCUCUUCCGUCUCCAACACCACUCUCCAUCACCUUCUCCUCACCUCACCCCUCUUCACGCCACUGUGCCAGGAGGAGCCAGGCGUGGAGGAGGAGGCAGAGGGACCCGGAGGGCAGCGCAAGUCGCGGUACGCGCAGAUCACGGACGUGGGGCUGUAG